UAUCCCAGCAAAAGUUAGUUAAUUCGUUGGUUUUAAGUUUCAGUUCCCGUUUAUUUUUAGCUCAUAUGUUGUAACUUUUUAAUUAAGAUAUUUGUUGGAAUUUCUCAUCCAUUAUUGCGCAGUCAAUUUUAGUUAACGUCUUGGUUAAACAAAAACAUAGACCGACGUCUGAGGCAGCGGAUGUACCUCCUCUUUCUCGUUGAGGUUCACACUUGCAAGAAAAAAAAAAAAAAAAUCAUUUUGAGGUAGAAAAAUACAAUCCCAAACUUUAACUUCCAAUCGGGAAGAUUCAAAGAUUGACAAACUUUCCAAAGCUAGAAGUACUGCCCGAGAUGGUGAGGCUGCUGUCUAGGACAUUCCGAUCUCUUAAAAACCCAUUCCCUGAUCCUAACCCAUCAAAAUCAUCGUCAUCACCAUCACAAUCAUGCUCAUCAUCAUCGCCAACACCAAGAGUAUCUCUAGAUAGAUUGAGCUCAAGAUCAUGGUGCGUAUACCUCAUUCUCUCCACCAACGCCCCCAUCAAAACCUACGUUGGGGUCACCACCGAUUUCCAUCGUCGUCUCAAACAACAUAAUGGUGAACUUAGAGGUGGUGCAAAAGCAUCUCGGGCAGGAAGGCCAUGGGUAUGUGCAUGCGUUAUCCGGGGCUAUAAGGAUCAAAGCGAAGCUUGUGAGUUUGAAUCAAAAUGGAAAAGAUUUUCGAGGAAAUUGCCACGCAGAAAGGAAAACAAAGAAAUUCCAAAGCAUUUGGAUGAGACCUCACUUCACUUGUUGCAGCAUAGGCAAGCAGCUCUGAAUAGAGUUAAAGGUUUGUUUGAUUGCCGUCACCUAGAAAUUGACUGGCAAUUGAAUCCUUACUGAUUGGUAAAAGACAUUUUUUUUUCAUCUGAUUUUUGUAGUUUAAUAAUCUAAAUCAAUUUAACCAAGUUAAAUAUAAUUGUAUAAUUUGGAAAGAUCAUACGUCAACAUAAUGAUUGAUAAACGGUAAACGUUUGUAUGCAGAAACCAGACCAGACUGAUCAAUGGUUUAAUCUAAUGUUCUGACCUGUCAUGUUAAUAAACUAGAUGUGUGAUUGAAAUAUUUUAUGGGCUUCUGUGCAUCUCAGAUUUCUGUAUGACCUGUUUUAGUGGCUAAUUUUCGUGGUUAUGUCAUAUUGACUGUGUUUUUGUUUCCAUAUUAAUCAAAGUGUCAAUCAUUAAGCGCA